GAAUUGAGUUUUGUUGACAUUCAGUGAUGUUAUGAUUGAUGUUAUGAUUGAAUGUCUGAUUUGACACUAAUUUAAUGUCCAAUUGAAUGGUUAUAUGAGUUGUUACUAAUCAAUGAACUGAUCCAAAGAGUCACAAGUGAUGGCAGACAUACAGACAGAUGAUGUCGAACCAAAAGCGGUGAAAGCAAUGGUCGACAGGGAGAAGGAAACAGUGACAACUAAUGAACGUCUUGUAGCACAAAGGGAUCAACUGUUACUUCAGGAGAGAGAAAUCGUGACAUUAAGACAAGACAUGGAGAAUAUGAGACAAACACUACAGACAAUGGAGACGGAGACCACUCAUGAAAGGCAACGAUUGCGCAAAGAACUGCUAUCUUAUGUGGAAAAGUGUCGACAAUUAGAGGAUAAUAAGCGAGAACUGGAAGAAAACGUUGCGCUAUAUAAGGAACAGAACAGAAUUCUUCAUCUUAAGUAUCAGUCAUUGGAAGCCAAAAAUCUUGAACUCGAAGAAGACCUGAAACGCGCUGACAAACAGAACGACAGCAUUGAAGUGAUCCGAAAGGAUAAUCAAAAUCUCAAGACUCAAGUGUUGAUGUUGUCUGAACUCUAUCAGGGAUUGAAAGACAGGUUCGCUGUCGUCAACAAAAACGCAUCAAUGGAUGAAAUGUUUGCCAUUGAAUCUGAGAUCAGAAAUAAAGAACUUAAAGAUUUAAAACUAAAAUUAGAGACUACUAUACAUCAGAUGGAAGUCUAUAAACUUAAGAGUACUGAGAGUGAGAGCCAAAUGUCCAAAAAGGAUACCAUAAUUGCAGAACAAAAGCAAACCAUUGAAUCUAAUAAAAUAAUUCAUAAAAAGCAAUUACAGAUUGAAAAUCAAAGAAUCGAGGCUUUAAAGAAAGUGAUCCAACAGUUGGAACAACAUAUCCUUAGUCUUUACGGCCAAUUGGGACUCAAAGAGCAUGAAGAGAGGCUCAGAGAAAAACUUGAAAUUAGUGAAGAACUAGCAUUGGAUCAAACAAUUAACUCAAUAGAUAUUAAUCAAACAAAUAAUGGCAGUAAUAAUGAUAACCAUUUGUAUACGAAUGGCAAUUAUAAACGAUAAUACAGUAUAUUAUUUAUAUUUAUACAGUUUAACUGUAAUUUAGUUUUUGUUUGAUUUUAAAUGAAUUAUUUUAAAUCU